UGCGCUCGUUUCCACAUGUUUAUAAAGAUCGAGGCCGGCGCUCUGUCGUGUGUCCGAGACUCUGAGGUAGCUUGACGCGUUCCAUCACACUCGCUGUACACAUUCGCUUGUGCACUCAGACGACUCACCAUGCGCGCAACUCAGUCUCUCGGCGUUUCUGCCGUGCUCGCUGCCGGUUUGGUCAGCGCCCAGGCACAGACUUGUUACUCAGGUAUCAACAUCUUCACCGCCCGUGGUACUGGCGAGGUCCCACCGACCGGGCUCGGAAUCGAAGGCACGCACAUCAAUGCCGUGCUGGAUGCUGUUCCCAACUCCCACGCGACCGUGAUCGAAUACCCAGCCACGUUCGGCAACAGCUCCGUCCCGGCGGGUGUUCAGGACUCUAACGAAAAGAUCGCCGCAUACCUCGAUGCUUGCCCAACCUCCAAGAUUGUCGUCAUGGGCUACUCCCAGGGCGCCGUCGUUCAGGGAUUGGUCCUCACCGGAACCAGUUUCUCGAUCAACGCUGAAGGUCAAGCCGAGGACUACACCGUGCCUCCGCUCCCGCAGAAAUACGUAGACCAGAUCGCUGCCAUUGUCUUCUUCGGCGACCCAGGAUACAACCAGAACAUCGGUACCAACCUUGACAACCCAAACCCGUGUACUACUGGAGCUCGUACUCCUCGCAGCGUCGAUGCUUUCGGCAAAUUUGGUGACCGACUCGCUGAGUGGGCCAAUGCCGACGAUAUCUAUGCAUGCUCCACCGGUACCUCCUUCGCUGCCCACAUCUCGUACUUCUCGACCGCCAACGCUACCCUCACCGCCAAAUUUGUUGCCGGCAAGGUUGGUGUUUCCGCCGGCAGCCCUGGUGACUCUUCCUCAAGUGUGACCACUCCCACCCGACCCGCAUACUACCCUCCUACGACCCCCAUCGUUCACCCGAGCACUGGCCGUAGUGUCAGCCAGAUCUACGCGACUCUGAGCAAACCUAGCCGACCCACCGCGUCCGGAAGCCGUAUUCCGGUCAGCCGGGCCAGCACUGCCAGCCGUGCCAGCCAGGUGAGCAGCGCUUCCGGUACCGGCAGACUGCCUGCCCCGGCCACCUCGACAGCUACGACAUCACCCACCUUGACUCCCUCUCGCGGUGACGCCCCCAGCCUGGGCAAGCCGAUGGCUGCCGUCCUUGGCGGUCUUGCGCUUCCGCUUUUAUUCCUGUAGAGGAGAUGCGAUGAUAGGAGUUCAUUACCCUGUCGAUGAUUCUCACGAUUCAGACGGAGACGCAUGCUAGUGAAACGCUGAGACGCUUGAUACUUAUCUUAACGAUACGAUAAAUAGUAAUUCAAAAAGCUUAAUGCUAUGAGACUAUGAAGUCGUAGAACGAUAAAUUUCGCAGAAGAACUUUGGUGCCU